CGAAGCAGAAAACAGGAAGCAGGAGAGAGAUAUAAAGGUACAUAGACUGAACAACAAAAUUGCACUUCUAUAUCACAACCAGCAAGAAGACCUCAGAGAUUAAUUUUAAACAAGAAAGUUCAAGACUUUUUUAUACUAGUCCUGUAACCAAUUGUAGGCAAAAGAUGAUAGAUAGAGACGUUGCACUAGAAGCCUUGGGCACACUUUGCAAUGCCAGUGUAACUAGUAGGGUCGGUGCAGGAGCAGCACAGGAUUACCUGUCCAUCAAGACUUUGAUCUCUACAGUCUUGGCAUCAGAGGAAACUUGCCAGGUGUCAAUAUCCAGCUAUGUCCACAUACAAACCGUCUUGCAAGGUUAUAAACAGGCUGCCCCAAACAACCAUGUGGACAUAAGUGGCGUAUUAUCAGGAGGAAGUCACUUCAUCGACGAGGAUGAAUUCUUUGACCCACAAUUCGACUAUGAUUUCACCAAUUUGAGAGACACCGAGACUUAUUACAGAGGUGGAGAGGUGUAUGAACGCCCAUGUGGUUGGCAGCGUUUUGCCCUCAAGGUCCAUGAUAAGUAUGAUGAAAAUACCUGGCUGGGAAACAGAUACCGCAGCACACAGUCAGUGCCAGGAGAGUGGCCUGUGUCCUACCAUGGGACAUCCAAGGCAGGUGCUGAAGGCAUCAUCGAAGGAUUCUACAAGCCAGGCAAUGACGAGGGACGUCAGGUGUAUGGCAGGGGGAUUUAUUCUACUCCAUACAUCUCUGAGGCGAUCCAAUACUCCAAAACAUUCACCUCCAAAAAGACGGGCAGGACGUACAAAGUGAUUCUGCAGAAUCGUAUCAACCCCGAGUACAGGCAGAAACACAGGCAGAACGACGAUUACUGGCUGGUUUCCAUCCCGGAAGGGACACCAGCCAAAGAAGAGCAGAAGAUAGUAGAAAGGGCCAUCCGUCCUUAUGGCCUUUUGUUGAAAGACAUCUCAAACCCUGAGGAACUCUGCUCUAUUUUAUAAAGACUAUUUAAAAGAAAAAGCACAGUGGUGAAUUUUUUUACUUGUUCCUUUGCAAACACCAAAUUACUUUUCCUAAGCCUAAUUCUGAUUUUGCUGUGAAGUAGGGUUACAGCAGUGUACCGGUUUUACAGUAUACCAUGGUAUAUUCAAAUUGAUCAUACUAUGAACAUUUGCUAGUUUAAUUUUUGAGCCAUGUUGAUGACAAUUACUAUACAUUCUAUAAUGUAAAAUGGGCAUAUCAUUUUCCAAAACAAUAAAAUUUUGAGUUUCAACAUUUGAUACAUUUUCUUUUACUACUUUAGUUAAACAUGGGGAUAUAUACAGUUGUGCUCAAAAGUUUGUAUACCCUUGAAGAAUUGGUAAUAUGUACCAUGUGUAAAGAAAACAUGAGUAAGCCAGAAAAACACUCUUUUAUCUCUUAUGGGAUUCACAUUGAACUGUAGGUCAUAAAACAAAACAUGGCGACAAAGAAAAAAAUUAACCGACCCCUGUUCAAAAGUCUACAUACACUUAGUUCUUUUUUUUUUUUUUUUUUUAACUUUUUUAUUUAACAGUCAGACAUAUACAAACCAACAUAGUGCAGUAGUGAGCAAUCUUGUAAAUCCAUAAUUCCAGAAGUGACAUAAAAGUGAUUUAAGUGUUUGAUCUAAGUGUACAUGUGAACAGGUGUGAGUAUAUAUGUGUAUGUGUAUGUGUAUGUGUGUGUAUGCGUAAACAAAGUUACCAUUUAUUAUUUAUUACCAUUUUCAUUACCAUCUCCGCCCCACUACCACCAUAUUGCCAGUAUUGUGUUUGUUGAUUUUUAUUUCCAUCCUUCCUCCUAUGUACCAAUUGCCAUUGUCAAUCCUGCAUAAAAUAAAAGAUGAUAAAAUAAGAUAAUGUAAGAUACCUUUCCCCCACAUCUCUUCAGUCCCUAUCUUUUCAUUUUUUUUUUUUUUUUUUUGUGUUAUGUGUAAUGUCUAAGGUGCAUUAAAAGAGAGAGUACAGUGCGAUAGUGUCUCAAAUUGGGACAGAGAUGCUGUCCCAUUGAAACCACUUCUCGCCUGUCUUGCCUGCCUUGGUGUUUGUGUGGUUUUCCAUAUAUACAUUUUUUUUUUUUUUUUUUUUUUUUUUUUCUCCCUAUUCUAUGUUGUGGUGCAUUAAAAACCCGUGAAGAGAUAAGGGGGGAAUUAUUGCAGUAGUGAUGAUAAUGACACUUAAUUCCAAUACAGCAUUGACAACGGCAAUAUUGAUGAUUAUAAUAAUAAUGGUAAUAAUGAUAUUAAUAAUAAAUGACAAUGAUGAUGGCAGUGGUGACCGCAAUGGUGAAAGCAAAAGACAGCAACAUCAGCAAUUACAACAAUGAAAAAAUAACAGUGAAAAUAGCAACGAUAACAAUAACAGUAAAGAUAGUAAUAACAAUGAUGACAUGAACAAGUUCAAACAACUAAAUGCAUUAAUUUUCGUGGGUUGAUUAAGAAGGUGGGAGGAGUUGGAGUUGAAAACCGAGAAAGGGUUCACAGCUGUAAGAGGUCAGAAAGUGUUGGGCGGCAGGAGUCAGUUUUAGAUGCGUAAUUAUGAAGGGGAGAUGCAUAUUCCAUUGCAAUGAAGUCUGUUAUAAGAUUUUUCCAAAUGUUAAUGUGUAAUUUAUUUCUAGUUUUCCAGUUCAUGAGGAUAGUUUUCUUGGCGAUGGUUAGAGCUAUGAGGAGUAUUUUAGAGUUUAUAGUUUUAUCAGUGAUUAUUGUGAGGUCUCCCAGCAAGCAAAGAGAAGGCGACAUUGGGAUGUGGCAGCCAACUAUAGUGGAUAGUGACUGUGUGACCUCUUCCCAAAAGUGUUUGAUUGGAGUGCAGUGCCAGGUUGCAUGGAUGUAUGUAUCUGUAGAAUUUUGAUUGCAAUGUGUGCAAACUUCUGAUGUGAAACCCAUUUUAGCUAAUCUAUUGCCCGUGUAAUGUGUUCUAUGAAGUAUUUUGUAUUGUAUUAACUGAAGAUUUGCAUUUUUGGACAUGAGAUGGAUGUUUUUACAGAUUUGGGUCCAGAAGCUGGCAUCAGGAGCUAUUGAAAGAUCGUUUUCCCAUUUUAUUGUUGGUAAGUAUAUGGUCUGAAGUUGGUUUGAAAUCAUUUUGUAUAUUUUAGAGAGAAGUUUCUUUGGGGAGGAAAUGUUGACCAAGUCUGAUAUUGCCGCUGGAAGUUCUAAAGUUGUGUCUCUGAUGUUUAUUUUUGUCAGAACAGAAGAUUUGAUUUGUAGGUAUUUUAAGAAUUCGUUGCUCCCGAUGCCAUACUCCUGGGCUAGUUGCGGAAAUGGUCUAAAUGUGUUAGAUUUGAAAAUGUGCUUAAUGUGGGUAAUACCCCUUUCUGCCCAUGUGUGAAAAUUCAAUGUUUUUUUAUUGCUUAUAAAGUCACGGUUGUUCCACAGUGGUGUGAAGUUAGAUGGAACUAAUUUAGAAUUUGUGAUAUGGUGAAAUUUCCACCAGGCUGUCAGAGUGGAAGCUAUAGUUACUGCAUUAAAACAUGUGUGUUGUUUGAUUGAUUUGGUGAGGAACGGUAUGUCAGCUAUAUUUAAUUCUUUGCAUAGUGAUUGUUCUAUAUCUAGCCAUAUAAUAUCGGAUUGGGUGGGGUGAAUCCAUUUGUAUAUGUAUUGCAGUUGGUUAGCCAUUGAGUAAUAUUGGAAAUUUGGUGCUUCUAGUCCUCCUUGAACCUUACUUUUUUGUAGUGUAGUGAGUUUUAUCCUUGGCGUUUUAUUUUUCCAGUAGAAGUGAGUGAUAAUGGAGUCUAGUGAUUUAAACCAGGUCAGUGUAGGGUGGGUUGGAAUCAUUGAGAAUAGAUAAUUAAUUUUCGGUAAAAUCGUCAUUUUUAUUGCUGCUAUCCUGCCGAUUAUGGAGAUUGGAAGGUUGAGCCAUCGAAGCAAAUCGUCUUUUAUUUUUUUUAGCAGUGGUGUGAAGUUGAGUGUUACCAACUCUGACAGUCUGGAGGAGAUCUUAAUGCCUAAGUAAGUGAUGUGAUCAUGACAUAUAGGUAUAGGUGUUUGGUGGGGUGCCACAUCCCAUUUGGUUUUAUGUAGAGGGAGGAUGAAAGAUUUGUUCCAGUUUAUUGCAUAAUCUGAUAUUUUUGAGAAGGACUGGAUUGUUUUAAUUACUUCUUGAGUGGAUGUUAGGGGUUCUUGUAUAUAUAGUAGGAUAUCAUCUGCAUAAAGUGAGAUUUUAUGUGUUUGUUGUGGUGUUUCAAUACCUUUGAUUGCUGGGUUUUGGCGGAUAGCUGCUGCUAAAGGUUCAAUAAAAAUCGUGAAUAGGGAUGGAGAGAGUGGACAUCCCUGCCUCGUCCCCCUGUGCAGUGUGAAGCUUUGUGAUGUUAGUCCAUUGGUUGUGACUGUGGCCGAUGGUGAUGUGUAUAAAAUCUUGAUCCAAUUAAUAAAUGACUCUCCAAAGCCGAAUUUUUGUAACACGGUGAAUAGAAAUUUCCAGUUGACCCUAUCAAAAGCUUUUUCGGCGUCUAAUGUGGCAAUGAGAGUAUCUUUCUUUUGUACUGAUGAGUAAUGCAUUAGAUUGAAUAAUCUGCGGGUGUUAUUGGAUGCAUAUCUACCUUUUAUAAAGCCGGUCUGAUCAGGAUGGAUUAUAAACGGUAUAAUUUGUUCAAUUCUAUGGGCUAGUGUUUUGCUAAUCAUUUUUAUGUCGACAUUUAUAAGUGAGAUAGGGCGAUAGUUAGAUGCGAAGGUGUGGUCUUUGUUAGGUUUAGGAAUGAGUGAUAUAAGUGCUGUAUUCAUGUGGGAUGGGAACUUUGCGUUAUGUUUUAUUUCUGUUAUUGUUCUGCUGAAUAGUGGGUAUACGG